AUGUAUUCUUCGGAGACCAGGGAGUGGAGCACCUUGAUCUCCAUUGAUGUUAAUCACUAUGUUGAGUUGAAACCCACUCUUCUUAUCGGAAAUGCCCUCCACUUCAGCCUUGAGGAUGGUGUAGGCAUGCCUAAGUAUGACUUGGGCAGACACGAGCUUUCCGUGAUCUCGUCCCCAGGUGGGAGGAGGGUCGUCGCCAUGGAGCUAGAUGAUGGAGGAUUGGGGUUUGUCGCUGCAUUGGACAAUUGCAUCUACAUGUGGUCGUGGCAAGCCGAUUCUAACAAUGGCAAUGGUCGCUGGGCACAACACACGGUGUUUAAGUUUAAGGAGCUUGAGAUACUGCUCCCAAUAGGUAACCCAUGGUACUAG